AAGUAUCUUAUUAUACAAUUCAGUAAUUAAGUUGUCACAUUAUUAUUGUUUACUCAAUUUGUUUAUAUGGAGUUGUUAAAUGCCAAACAAUAUUUAGAAUCGCAAACUGAGAAUAAAAGAAUCAUUAAUUACAUUGAAGAUUUUGUAUACCAAUGGAAUUUCAAAUGUCGAUAUGACCUAAUAAAGAUAACCAAAGAUGUGGAUGAACUUGUAGAUACAAUACAACGUAAAUUUUUCAAAAAAACUGAUGAAGUAAUCGCUCAAUAUCUAUACUGCGUGGUACAUCAUAUAAUUUUCGACACAUUUAUGCCCGUUAUUCGUGCAAAAUAUACUGAUGAAGAUAAAAAAAUAUACGACAGAUGCUUGACUUUUUGUAAAACUAACAAAAUAUCCAUCCAAAUAGAUGUAACUGCCUAUUGUUCUGUACCUUACACUGCAGCAAUUGUUGAAUUGUCUAUGUGGGAUUCCUAUAGCAGUCCAUUAGAAAAACUCAACUGUUUAUGUGCCACAUAUGACAUAAUAUUUGCUGAAUUCAAAUCCGCCAUGGUUAACGUUAUUUCUAAAUAUUCAAAUAAGGAAAUUGAAUUACCAAUAAUGGAUAACAAAGAUGUUAUACCAAUUAUUAUUAUAGUACUGCUUAAAUCUAAAAUAAGAUACGCAUACAGUAAUUUACAAUACAUUAAACUAUUUGGUAUAAAACUGAUUGAAGACACCAACAAGUACAUUUUGGAUACAUUCGAGCAAGCAAUACUGACAAUUCUCAACACAGAUAAAGAGACAGAUUUUAAUAUCAGUGCAUGUUCCAAUAUUGAUUUCUGUGAAGCCAUAGAGAACAUUACGAAAGAAAAUUUCAUUGAAAAUACUCCAUCCUGUGAAAUUAAUUUUGAAAAUGAAAAUAGGAAGAGGCUAGUCACUUUAAUUAUUCAAUCAACAACUUCGAAUUUAUCGGACUUGAAUUUACUGUGAACAUAAGUUUUUUGAAAAAAAACCAACUGAAAACUUUACUAAAACUUAUGGGGUACAUUAAAUUUGUGAAUUUUUGGUAGGUAUAAAAAGAUAAGAAACAUGGAAUCAUUGCAUUGAAUGUUUAACUUUAUCAUGUAGUUUCUUAUGUUUUUCAUAUUUAUGUCAACAGCUCUAAAACUAAACGUACAAUAAAUAUUUUAAAACUU